AGUACGUUGAUGUUUGGUUAAAAAAAGUCCCCCCUCAAGCUAGGCUGGUUGUACGUGUGUGAUCGCGCAGCUCCAAGGCGAGGCUGCGAGAAACGUCACCAGCAUCUCGGCCAGCUGCCGCCGCGGCCGCCACUUUCACCCAUGGACGGCCCGCCGGUGGUUACGGCCACUCAGACGACAGUUACCGGGAAAGGUGACGGGGCCGAGGGGCAGAUCAACCCCGACUACACGGCCUUCGUGCUGGUGCCAAUAUUCUUUCUCCUGGGGCUGCUUGGGGUGGUCAUCUGCCACGUGCUCAAGAGGAAGGGAUACCGGUGUACCACCACAGAGGUGCCGGAUGAGGAAGAAGUGGAGGAGCCAUGUGAAGCAGAGGGAAAGGAUCCGGAACUGGGCGGAGAGUUAAAUGACUCCUACAGUGACAACAAUGACACAGUGGGACAGAUUGUCCACUUCAUCAUGAAAAAUGAAGCCAACUCGGAUGCGCUAAAAGCCAUGAUUCAUGACACCAGCAUUGAUUCCGACGGUGCGCCCAUCACUCCCACUUCCCCCUUUACGCCCUCCCCUCCCAUGACCCCCAUUUCCCCGGGAGCGCCCCCUGGCGCGGCCAAGCACACCUGCAACCAUCUGCACACCAUCGGUGGCAUCGGCGGCCACAAGAACAUCUGCACGCGCUGCACCCAGAAGAAGUGGCCGCUCAUGAGCAAGCCGGCGGCCCGCAAGGUGGAGCAGCGCCGCAACCACCACGGAGAGGUCACGGUGUUGUCCGUGGGCAGGUUCCGUGUCACAAAGUGUGACAAACCUGCCCGGGAACGGCGGGUUCUAAUCGUGGCAGAUUCCAACGGGAGUGUCCCAUCCGAGGAUGCUGUGUCAAAUAGCCGGACAGUGUCCGAGUCCCAGGAGGAGGAGAAAGACAGCCUGGAUAAGGAAAAAUGAGAGAAAUCCAGGUAAUUACUUAACUGCAGCGCCGACUUCACACAUACUCUCCCUCCGGUGAUUCAUUGAUAUUUUUCUUUGAUACUCCUUCUUUCUCCAGCUUUCCCCCCCCCCCCGGAGACGAGACACUUUUAAAGCCUCCCGACGCGAACGUCGACACAUAAGAGCAAUAUCAGUACGUGCACCACCCUCCCCACCACUCCCCCCCCCCUAGCCCGUACGCUCCCCAACGGGACCAGUGACGCGCCAGUCACAUGAGCCUCUUCUUAUUUUCCAGCUCGGAAGGAGAAACGCAAAUGUUUCUUUCUGAUUUAACGUCUCCCCGCCAUAGACGUGCGACAGCGCACAAACAUGGUGCCGGAAGCAAACGCGCGUGCCAACAUCUUUACUUGUUUGAAUCGGUACGACCUGUCAGAUGGGAACAGGGAGUAGGGAUGAGAUGCUGCCGUGGCCGCAGGAAGUUGUCAUCACGUGUGCCAGCCAGGAAUAUAUCAAUUAGUGCAAGUGUAUCAUUGACGAAGCUUCACUAGCUUCUAUGUGCCAGUGAAAUUAAAAAAAAAAAAAAAAUGUUACAUAAGGUCAGCCGACGUAAAGGCUCCAUUUUACUGUUGUUAUACGCCAUUCAUUUUAUUUGUAUUUUCUCCAUUUUCUUCCACAGCAUACGGAGAAUGCACUUGCCCCGCCCCCUUUUUUUUUCCUUGAGAUUUUAUUCUUAUUAUGAGUAUGAGCUACCUUCCUACUCAUCGGCCUGAAGGGUUGAUUGUUGUGUUGGGACGUUCAUAUGUGCUAAAAAGUAGUCCAUUUUUUUUUUUCCUUCCUAUCUUCGCUUUGACUUUUAUAUACGAUCGAGCCGAGUGUUUGAAGGUUUGAAGUGAUAUAAAAGCAAGAGAGCGUUGACGUCAGUUACCUUAAGUGUCUACCUCUUUUCACAUUCUUUCGGGGUUAUUCACCUUUCAAAGACAUUUUUUAAAAAAAUGUUUAUAGCUUCAUCGUCAAUAUCAUCACAUCAGUUUUUUUUGUAUGUAUUACAUAUGUUUUUAUUGUUUUAUUUCUGCUGUGUUUUUUAUUUAAUGACAAAAACAAAAUAUGGAAAUAAAGAGAAAUGUAUAAAGA